CCGCCCUGGUCCCUCCUUUUCCUGUAUGUCCGGAGCCUCCCCUCCUCAGUCAGUCGCCAGAGAGACUCCGAGGCUCCUCCAUGGCUAGACGAAGCCUUCCUCCUCUCUUCUUCUUCCUCCUCUUCACCCCUCAAGCCUUGGUCGCACCUGGAGGAGAAGGUGCGAGAGUCCUCCCUGGCCUCUCAGAUGUCCAUUAUGAUCUCCAUCAAGAGAGUUGUCAGCUGAAUGUCUCAUGGGCUCCUGUGCAACCCUUGAACUAUUCCUGCUCCGUAACCUAUGAGAGUGAUAUCGAUGAUGAUGGAAAUUGGUUCAUUGGUCCAUGGUACCAACAGCCUAACCGGACUGUGCUGGUACCUCUGGGGAAUCAGAAAAAACUGAUAUUCGGUGCUCGAGCGACGUGCGUCCAUAAUAAGUUUGCAGGCGAAUGGUAUAACAUCACGGUUCCACAAACUGGUACGCCAGGGACGGGGGCCAGAAACCUUAGCUGCAUUUGGCUAAACAUGGAGUCCAUACAAUGCUCCUGGCAGCGAGGAAAGAAUGCGAGUCCUCACACCCUCUACAACCUCUCCUACUGGCUUGGAGGACAGAAGUAUUGCACCGAUUACACUCAAGAAGGCGAUGUCUUUCGGUGCACUUUCCCUUUUUCUAACUCGUUGAUCAAUCCUUUUGGAAUCUCCAUCCACGGCAAUUCGGAGGAGAUCCAGACUGUGUGCCUGGUCUCAAAGCAUAGCAUUGAAGAAAACUUUCCCAUCAAACUUCACACUCCGAAGAUAGUAGACAUCAAGGAAAGCAGCGAUGGCGUAUAUCUGACCUGGACUCGGCCGAGAGAGAUGACGGGCAUAUGCUACCAAGUCGAAGUGAAUAGCACUGAAACGAAAAUAAAGGACUUUGAGGACAACACCAACAACAGCAUCCCCCUUGCACUGAAGGGGUACCAUACUUUCCGGGUGAGAAGCGCUGCAGGCUGGAUUGGGACUCAGUGCAAGGCGAUCCGAGGACAUUGGAGCGAUUGGAGUGAAUCGGUGGACUGGGGCAAACCAGAGAACAUGAACUACCUUCUGUUACUCCUCAUCCCGUUAUGCGUGGCCAUCCUGACGGUCAUUUUGCUCCUAUACUUGAAAAAGAUUAAAUUGCUGAUUCUCCCAACAAUCCCGGACCCGGGAAAGUUCCUCAAAAACAUGUUUGAAGACCAAGGCGAAGAUCUCCCUUCGAAAGAGAUGUUCCAGGGGUCGAAUCAGGAUCUCUAUAAGCCGUCCUUGCAACUGCGGGUCAAGGAAGAACCAACCCAUUUGUUGAUCGUCACAAGUGGAAAUGAAGAUUGAGGACAUCCGGCCCUUUACGGCACACGACAUCUGAAUGUAAACCUUGGGGACAGGAAACGACGACUUCCCAUUGCAGGACGGAGUCUUGAAACAGCACAGUAGCACCCGGCAUCCUUUCCAUCAGACUUCUUUGCUGGUUGCAUAAACCCAUUCCACUAUUUCUACUUCUCAUGCCGUUAAACUGUGACACUCACCCCAAGCUCUGAGUUAGCUUCUGUGAAGCAACCUUUGCACCAUUUGUCGUCUUCUCCUUCAGGUGGACCUUGCUUUGCUUUGAUGCCCAUCCAAUCUGGAACUUUGCGCUUCUCCAAGGAAUUAUUCCCUUCUAAAGCUGAAGUGUUGGACUCCUUGACUAAUGGUGACACCAUGGAUGCAUCACUUACCAGUCUUAUGAAAGUUCUGGAAGCUCCUUCCUUGGAGUCUGGAGGAUCAUCUGCUGGGAGGGUUUUGAUUGUGAUUUUCUUGCAUAAUGGCAGAAGGAGGUUGGACUAGAUGACUCCUGAGGGUGUCUUCCAACUCAUGGAUUAUUCUAAGAUUCUAAAUUUUGCCAAAGUUAUAUGCCCAUCCCCAUCCAGCCUUAUCCAACUUGGUGCCCAAGUCCUUGGAAAACCAAGACCUUGGAAAAACCUACAUGCUGGGAAUUGUAGGACAGAACAUCUAAGAAGCACUUAGUACAUAUGGUUUUGACCCAUGUAAUACCAAGGAAGGUGGCAUCUAAAGAGACUUUUGGUGCUCCUUAUUGCUCUUUGUAUUCCAGGCUCAUCUUAUCUCUUUUUUCGACAGAGUUACAAGCAUGGUAGAUGCAGGGAAUGCUCUGGAUGUAGCAUAUCUUGAUUCCAGUAAGGCCUUCAACAAGAUCUCCCAUGACCUUCUUGCAAAUGAACUAGACCAGUGUUUCUCAACCUUCCUAAUGCCGUGACCCCUUAAUACAAUUUCUCAUGUUGUGGUGACCCCCAACCAUAACAUUAUUUUUCGCUGUUACUUCAUAACUCUAAUUUUGCUACUGUUAUGAAUUGGAAUGUAAAUAUCUGAUAUGUAGGAUGUAUUUACAUUCACUGGACUAAAUCUGGCACAAAUACCCGAUGCGCCCAAAUUUGAAUACUGGUGGGGUUGUGGGGGGGAUUGAUUUUGUCAUUUGGUAGUUAUAUUAUUAUUAUUAUUUACAGCUUUUAUAUUCCGCCCUUCUCACCCCGCAGGGGACUCAGGGCGGAUUACAGUGUACACAUAUAUGGCAAACAUUCAAUGCCAAUUUUGACAUACAACACAUACAGACAUACACAGAGGCUAUUUAACUUUUUUCUGGCCGCCCGGGGAGCUGUCGCUUUCAUCGUCCAUCUGCAACGCUGAUGAAGCACUUCCGCAUUCCCCGCAUGCUUUUGCUGAAGUCUUUAUGGCCUCAUAAAUUAGUUAAUUUAGCCUCGCCACACUUUAAGGUGAUAUCUUAUUUUCCUACUUGACAGAUGCAACUGUCUUUCAGGUUGCAAAGGUCGACAACGGACUACACAAUUGGUUGGAAACCCACUCCAACCCGGGCUGGCUUCGAACUCAUGACCUUUUGGUUAGAGUUAUCUUAAUGCAUGACACUCAGCCAGCUGCGCCACAAUCCCAGUAGUUGCUGGGAUAUAUAGUUAACCUACAAUCAAAGAGCAUUCUGAAUUCCACCAACAAUGGAAUUGAACCAAACUUGGCACACAGAAUUCCCAUGACCAACAGAAAAUACUGGAAUGGUUUGGUGGGGAUUGAUCUUGAAUUUUGGAGUUGUAGUUCACCUACAUCCAGAGAGCACUGUGGACACAAACAAUGAUAGAUCUGGACCAAACUUAGCAUGAAUACUCAAUAUGCUCAAAUGUGAACAUUGUUGGAGUUUGGGGAUAUUUAGGAGUUGUGGUUGCUGGGAUUUAUAGUUCACCUACAAUCAAAGAGCAUUCUGAGCCCCACCAGUGAUAGAAUUGAGCCAAACUUCUCACACAGAACCGACAGGACCAACAGAAAAUACUGUGUUUUCUGAUGGUGUUUGGUGACCCCUCUGACAUCCCUGUGCAAGGCCCCAACCCCAGGUUGAGAAACACCGACCUCAAUAAAUGUAUUCUAGGUACUACUACUAUUUGGUGGAUCUGUAAUUGGUUAAACCACCAGCCCCAAAGGGUGCUUCUCCCCAAUGGUUCCUCAUCAUCAUCCUGGAGAGAAGUGACUAGUAGAGUGCCAUAAAAAGGGUUCGCUCCUGGACCCAAUACUGUUCAAUGUUUAUUAAUGACUUAGAUGAAGGUUAAGAGAUCAGGUUGAUCAAGUGUGCAGAUGGGACCAACUUAGGAGGGAUAGCUAAUACCCCAGAGAACAGGAUCAGAAUUCAAAACAACCUCAACAGAUUAGAGAGCUGGGCCAAAAUUAACAAAAUGGAUCUCAACAAGGACAAAUUUAAGAUAAGAAA